GGCGCGCGCGCGCCUCAUACAGACACACUGGCAUUUGUGGACGAGCCGCACGCGUCGGAUCCGUAAUCAUUUUCAUCAUUUCUUCUCUCUUUCGUGUUGAAUCUGCAAGAUGUCGAAGGGUCUGGUGGUGCUGGCGUACAGCGGCGGUCUCGACACCUCCUGUAUUCUAGUCUGGCUGAAGGAACAGGGUUACGAUGUCAUCGCGUACCUGGCUAAUAUUGGACAGGACGAGGACUUUGAUGUGGCCCGGAAGAAAGCGGAGAAACUUGGAGCCAAGAAGGUGUUCAUUGAGGACCUGCGCAGUGAGUUUGUGCAGGAGUUCAUCUGGCCGGCGCUGCAGGCGAACGCUCUGUAUGAGGACCGAUACCUGCUGGGCACCUCCAUCGCCCGGCCCUGCAUUGCCCGCCGCCAGGUGCAGAUCGCCCAGCGGGAGGCGGCACAGUACGUCUCACACGGGGCCACCGGGAAGGGAAAUGACCAGGUUCGCUUUGAGCUGACGUGUUACGCGCUCUUCCCUCAAGUGCAGGUCAUCGCUCCGUGGAGGAUUCCUGAGUUUUACAACCGUUUCCGUGGCCGGAAGGACCUGAUGGAGUAUGCAGAGAAACACAACAUUCCUGUUCCCGUUACGCCGAAGGCUCCGUGGAGUAUGGACGCCAAUCUGAUGCACAUCAGCUAUGAGUCUGGCAUUCUGGAGAAUCCCAAGAAUCAUGCACCUUCAGAUCUCUACCAGAUGACCAAAAACCCUGCCGAUUCUCCUGAUCAAGCGGAUAUGCUGGAGAUUGAGUUCAAGAAAGGUGUUCCAGUAAGAGUGUCUAAUGUCAAAGAUGGCAUCAGUAAAGAGACUCCGCUGGACAUUUUCUGCUAUCUGAAUGAUAUCGGAGGAAAGCAUGGUGUGGGGAGGAUCGAUAUCGUGGAGAACCGCUUCAUCGGAAUGAAGUCCAGAGGAAUCUACGAGACUCCUGGAGGAACGAUUCUCCUUCAGGCUCAUCUGGACAUCGAGGCCUUCACUAUGGACCGGGAGGUGCGCAAGAUCAAGCAGAGCCUUGGCAUCAAGUUCUCAGAGCUCAUCUAUAAUGGCUUCUGGUUCAGCCCCGAGUGUGAGUUUGUGCGCGAGUGUGUGGAGAGAUCUCAGAAACACGUGGAGGGACGAGUCCAGCUCUCCGUCUACAAGGGGCAGGUGUACAUCUUGGGCCGAGAGUCUCCCAAAUCACUGUACAACGAGGAGCUGGUCAGUAUGGAUGUUCAGGGUGACUACGACCCCUGCGACGCCUCGGGCUUCAUCAAGAUCAAUGCUGUCCGGCUGAGGGAACACAACCGUCUGCAGGGAGCCGCCCUCAGCAAACACAACGUCUGAUGAACACAGAUCAGGUGUGUGUGUGUGUGAUUGGAGGAUCAGCGAUACACACUUAUAAUCACACAUACAGGAAAUGUUCUCACAAUGUUCACACAAGGUUUCCUCAACAUUAUGAACACAACUCUUUCAGUAACAACACAAUGAUGACUAUGGUUUAUCCCUAUAGUGUACUCACUGAACAGCUCAUUACGAGACUAGCAACAUUCAUUCAGUCAUUCUCCUUCAGCUUAGUCCCUUUAUUUAUCAGGGGUCGCCACAGCGGAAUGAACCGCCAACUAUUCCAGCAUAUGUUUUACACAGCGGAUGCCCUUCCAGCUGCAACCCAGUACUGGGAAACACUCAUUUACACUCUCACAUUCUCACACACACUCAUCCACACAGAAACGCCGACUGACCCAGCUGGGACUCAAACCAGCGACCUUCUUGCUGUGAGGUGACAGUGCUUACCACUGAGCCACCGUGCCGCCUUAAUUUUAAACUUUUAUAACUUGUAAACAUCAUUAUAAUGUAAUCGAUGUCAUUGAAGUGUCCAUAUAUGGAAAAUAUAUAAUUUGUCGUUAAUUCUAUUGCACUUUUUACAUUGUCGAUCGUCAAAGCAGUUUAGCAUGGAUGAAGAAUAGAGAGAAUAAAACACAGAAGCUAAAUAAAGGCUUAAACGUCACUACUUGUCUUGGAAUAGUAAGAACAAUGUUGAAAAUUAACAUUCCUUUAAUGUUUUUAAAGGUGUCGUGAAAUUAAAUUGACGUUUUUUUAGAUGUUAGUAUCGAUAUGUUCAUUUUAAGUAUAUCUAUAAUCUAGCGUGCUCCAAAAUUCACAUGUAGAAGAUAUAAACCUGAUAUAAACAUCUAAAGCUCUUCUGCUAUUGUCGUCAUACUUCAGCUUCUCACUAAAUCUUCUGACCAAUUAGAUGCUCUGUAGUGUCUGACAUGCCCCGCCCCUUCUUCUCAUUGGCUAUUCAUUUAAUGCGCUUGAGUUCAACCAAUGUCACUAGCUGAGCUGUUAGAAAAGACAACGCUAUUGGCUGUUUUUUUAAAGGGGAGGGGCUAAUGUAUGCCCCGCCCUCACUUCGUGUUUCAGUUGAGAUUACGUCAAAUAGAAAUGCGCAUUUCAAAGCACUUUGAGACCUUUAAUAAAAAGUGGCGUUUAAUUAAGCAAUCUAUACUCUUUUUGUUAUUAUUUCCCCCAAAAUAUGCUAUCUGCUAUUGUCGUCAUACUUCAGCUUCUCACCAAAUCUUCUGACCAAUUAGAUGCUCUCUAGUGUCUGACAUGCCCCGCCCCCUUCUUCUCAUUAGCUAUUCAUUUAAUGCGCUUGAGUUCAACCAAUGUCACUGGCUGAGCUGUUAGAAAAGACAACGCUAUUGGCUGUUUUUUUAAAGGGGAGGAGCUAAUUAAUGUUUCAGUUGAGAUUACGUCAAACAUUCAAUAAAAAUGGCACCUUUCAAAGGACUUCGUGACCUUUUAGGCAUUUAAUAAAGCAAACUAUACUCUUUCUGUUAUUAUUGCUCCAUAAUAUGCUUAAAAUGUGCUUUCCAUGUCAUGAUUUAGGAACAGAUGUGAUCGUAUGAUUAUUUUUUGAUGCUGAACCCCAAGGAAACCUUCGCUAAACGUUGUGAAAAUGUUCUCUUAAAGUUGUGAGUGAUUAUUCUUCCAGUCUCAUUAAUUCAGUUGUUGGAAUGUUUAGAGAAGAUUGAAAUGUAACAUUCCUAUAAUGUUUUCAAACCAAUAAAGCGUAACGUGUGAUCAAAUGAAA